CAUAUCUCCAUAUUUCCAUAUUAACCAUCUCUAGUUUUCCCCACUGACCUUUGAACGACUUCUAUUUUACUUCGUAAUCACCUCUGUAUCAUAUACUACUCUAAGUCCAAACAUCUUCCUGAAAACAUUGGGAUCCCAACGCAGUCAUGGCUCCGAAGAAGCUUAUCAUAGAUACCGACCCAGGUGCCGACGAUGUCAUGGCCAUGCUUCUAGCUCUAGCGGCUUCGCCGGAGGAGUUAGAGGUGGUGUUGAUUUCAGUCACUUACGGCAAUGUGCCUCUGGACGCCUGUUUACGGAACGUCGUCGCCAUGUUCCAUGUUCUUGAUAACGAGAUGGAAUGGCGCAAGGCUCAGGGAAAGCCACUAGGUUUCGAGGCUCUGCGUACUUAUAAGCCCAUCGUCGCCGUCGGUCCUGAGCAUGCUUUGGAAGACGAGAUUCUGAUGGCUGAUAAUUUCCAUGGCGCUGAUGGUUUGCAUGGUGUCCACGAAGCUCAUCCGCAUCUAUCACCAGCCGACACUUGGAAGGCUCUAUUCAAAGACGGACUUCCAAGCGAAGCUGACGAGCCCUCUUAUUUGAAGUAUUUUACGCCUUCAAAAACUCCAUCGCACAAGGAGAUCCUGCGAAUCCUAAAAGAGGAACCGGCCAACACCGUCUCGAUUUGCGCUCUUGGCCCGUUAACUAAUCUAGCGCUAGCUGCUUCGGAGGACCCUGAAACCUUCCUUAGAGUUAAGGAAGUAGCUGUCAUGGGCGGAGCUGUGGAGUGCGAGGGUAACGUCACGCCGGUUGCCGAAUUCAACACAUAUGCCGAUGCUGUCGCCGCCGCUCGGGUGUUUGCCUUAACAUCACUGGACCCUGCUUCCACCAUGCCACCAAUCCCGAAGGAUAAGGCGACCCUGCCGCCGUACCCGGAAAAGCUUUCCAAGACCCUGAAUCUGAGUCUAUUCCCCCUUGAUAUCACUACACCCCACCUCUUGAACUUCGGCUUCUUUCUGGAGAAAGUCGAAUCGCAGCUUGCCAAGAAGAGUCCAUUGGGAAUAUGGGUCAAUACAUUCAUGACUGGUAUUUUCCGUCAAAUAACAUCCAUAGUUGGUACCGACGUGGAGCCGGGACUAUCACUCCAUGACCCCCUAACCGUCUGGUAUAUGCUCACGGGUUCGGACCCGGCGUGGACACUGGCUAAAGGUGCGCCGGAGGAUAUCCGUGUUGAGACAUCUGGACAAUGGACUCAUGGAAUGCAUGUUUCGGAUCGCCGUGGUCAUAAGAAGCCCGACGGCGUGAACACUUUCGAAGUCCCGGGAGAUGACGAUGGCUGGUUGAGUUUGAAGAGGGGUAAUAGAAUAAACAGGUACGUUACUAGCCCAGGCGAAAUGGUUUUUGCGCCAUUUUUGAUGGAGAGAGUGUUCGGGUGAAGGGGGCAGUGAUUUAGGGGGCCAUGAGUUGGUUAGAUCCAUAUAUAUGAUUUGACAAGAGCACCUAUGUCAGAAUCAUCCAGAAUCCCCUCUCGU